AUGGCGUCUUCAAGAAAAGGUCGUCUUAAGCUGGAGGACGAGGCUGUCUUACAGGAGAACCUGGUGUACCUGAUCAAAGAGGUCGACGCCCUGGAUAUCGUCGAUGUUUUAUUUGCCAAAAAUGUUUUCACCCUUGAUGACAAACACGUCAUCAGUGGCAUGCCCACGGCCACAGGACGAAUGAGGACACUCUUGGACAAACUGUUCCAUGCCGGCUCGGGUCCAGCGUUUGGUCACUUUCUGGAGGCUCUGGACGAGAACUACUCGCACGUGUCAGCCCGACUGAGACAGGGAGCCUCAGCAGACUCACGUGCUUCACGUCAUUUGACCAACGAUCACAUAAAAAAUAGUUCAAGUACAACAAACAACAGGCCUCACACAAAUACAACUAAAGAUGAACCGUCUUAUAAACUGAAACUUGAGGCCUUGGAGGAGGAAAAGAACCAACUUUUAGAGAGAAUUAAAGAGCUGGAAACUUGCCAAGCCCAGAGACAUGUUGAGGUCUCAGUACCUGUGGGUAAACUACAACACGCUCUGAUGCUGGGAUGUUUUGGUAGUUUUGACGACUGUCGUGUCAGCUACAACCGACUGACCAAACUGGCCACCAUACGGGGGAAGGAGGCCGAUGUGAGUAACCAGAUACGUAAGAUUGUCACUGAGGUGAAGCGGAUAAAAACAGCCAAAAUAUUUUUAACGGAGUUGAUGCUGCAACUGUUGUCGACACAGAAGGCGUGGUGUGUCCUGGGUGAUUUGACCCACUUGGGGCAGGUGAAGUACAUGUUAAAGACACAUUAUCUGCUGCUUGCUAGUAACGAUGAUGUCGUAUUGCACCGCGCGAUGACUCAUCUUCUUCGUAUUUUAAAUCACAAAGUUGUUGCAAGGUCCACUGAAGCGAUAUUAAUAGACACGUUGACGUCAUUGAAAGAUCACUUAGAAAAAGAUCUUUUAGUUCGAGUUACGUGGAAUGUGGAAAAGACGGAAAUUUAUUUGGAAGGUCUGGAGGAAGAUGUGCUGAUCUCUAGGAGACAAACCCAAACGUUGAUUGGUGACCAUCUAGAAUAUGAAACAACACAUCACAUGCUACAGUGUACGUACCUACAAAAGUUUCACCAAUCGGCGUUGUUCAAACUAUUCAGGGAGACAGAAGAAACCAAUCCCUUGUGUUGUAGGCCUGAUACUGCUGUUGUAUCGUUUCAUACCUUCAUGCACCUGGCUGAUGACGUCAUCACCAGGACCUGGAAUCUGCACACUCUCUGUGGUCAGCUCAUGACAGAUGUCAUUCUUGUCAUUCGGGGAUUCCAAGAUGAACUUAUUCAGGAGAACAUUUCUGAGUUCCAGUCUAAGGAAAAAUGUGUUGUGACGUCAAAUGUUUCAGACUUUCUCCGUGAUGAAGACGUCAAACCUGAUGAUAAAGACGUCAAGCCUGUUGAUGACGCUGUUAAACCUGACGAUAAAGACUUCAAAUUUGUCCGAAAUCAAGCAGGUUUAGCACAUAGUUCUAGUUUGUUUAAAGAUUUCAACACAGUGAAAAUAAAAUGUGGCUGUAUUGAUGAGGAAAACACUGACGUGAUUGUGUAUCAGUGGAAUGAUGCUGCGUGCCCGAGUGUUUCGGCUGAUGUCGUUAAAAUGUGUCAAGCAGAAAGACAAAAAAAUCCUAAGGCUAUAAUCUUUAUCCUAGCCAAGCAACUGAGCACAGACUUUAGUUAUGUUACGUGUACAAGACUUGGUUCUAAUUCCAGGUCAGAUCUGGUGACUGUCUACAAAACGAUCCUGGAUAAGGUGCUGGAGCUUGGCGCCACGUCUGUAGCAGUUCCUGCCCUCACCUUCACGGAACUUCCUGUUGACGAUGUGAUCCUCAUCGCACGGAGGACAAUCAAUCGUUACAUAACUCUCAGACCUAUCGAUGUACACAUUGUCAUCGACGACAAAGAUACAUUCCUUAAACUGAACGUACCAACAGCAAAUGAUGUUUCACUAGAAGAGAAGGGUUGUGAAUAUGAAAUUGUUCCUGUGUUAAAUAUAGAUCCACGAAUACUUCCUGAGGUGUCUAUUACCGCAGACAAAAACACGGAUCUAGAUUCAGUUAUGGUGAGACUUUGUGGCCAGAUUUUUCAUAAAUGUUUGUAUACAAGUGAAGUCAGUAGCAGCGCCAUCAAUUUCUGGCCAGAUGGGCUACACAACAUGCUCGUAGAGAGAUGCAAAUCUUUGACAGUUUGUCUCAAGCUUGUCUCUGAUCAAACUACAAUUACAUGCAAACUGAAAGGGUUGCAGAAAGAUGUAGAGCUGAUAAAAUCUUUGAUUGACGCCGAGGUUCAAAAAGUGUCUGACGCCUUACAGAAACACGCCAUCGCUACCUACAAGACCCACCAGCGUCACCGAGUGACUUUCUUAAAGUAUGCCUCUGGUGUUGACGAGAUCUGCCCGUCAUACUGGACUCUGUUCAACGAUAAAACUUUCUGGAGGGGCGUGGUCAAUCACCCGGACCAAGCGGUAGAUCUGAAGUCCAGACAAUCGUACCUGAUAGAUGUCGAUGACGUCACGCGGCAAGCGGUGUCCGAUCUUGUCUUAAAGACGUGGGAUCUAAACCACGCCGGAGAAGGCCGUGACGCCGCGGGGUUGGAGGACAACACGGGAAUCCACAUCGUCAACGUCCAGAGGUAUGAGAGCCUCCAGACAUUCCAGCGCUACUCACACAGCAGGAAAAGUUUGUUUAGCAAAAUGUCGGAAAGUGGGAAACUGUGCUGCGACUUGUCUAAGAUUUUGCCAGGCCAUCAAAUCAAAACCACCAAGCUACUGGGCAGUGUGUUGAGCCAAGAGCUGUACAGCGAGAUCAACGAGCAUUUUCUCUUCUUUGGCAUCAAGCCAGGGCUGGCUGACGCCCUAAGGACGGGGAGUCUCAGCCCGCUGUUCUCUACAUCCGGGAUCUUAGGGCGGGCUCUUUAUUUCGCUGAGGAGUCAACCAAAUCAAACCAACAUACAGACCUAACUCCUACCAGGAAAGAGCCUACAGUAUGUCGCCAGCCACCAGGAACUGAGUUGUAUUUGUGUCUGGUUCGAGUCCUGCUGGGAAAUCCAUACGUUAUUGACAAGAAGCAUAGGAGAGUGACUUCUGGUGGCGAUCGUUUCACCGGCCCCCCAUGUGUCAAGUGUGAAGACGAGACGUGCACUAAAAACCAUCCCAUGUAUGACUCGAUCAUUCUUGACGAUGACGGCUUGAUGUUCAGGAAAUUUGUCAUUUACAAUGAGAAUUGUUGUUAUCCUGAAUACUUAAUUACAUACAGGAGAGAGGUAUUUGUGUGACAUGAUAACAUACAUAAUAACAUACAGGAGAGAAGUCCUCGUCUAUGGAAUCACGUGACUUAAUUACAUACAGACGGUCGCCGCUAAAGCAGCCUGUAACCUUAUUACAUACAUACAAAUAUCCGUUGCUGAAGACAAACUGUAACUUUACAACUCACAGACGAAUGAAACAAAUAAAUGGCUGAUGUUACUAAAUUCAAUAUAGACUAACGUGAACCUUAGUGGGAUGUUGUGACCCUACAAUGUACAGAGUGAUCUCAAUAAGUGAAAGAAACCUGAUAGUGUUGAAACCUUACAGUAUUACCUCCUUAACUGAUAUCACUAAAAUAUAAUUAAGGCAGGUAUAAAAUUUAAUAUUAUGAUAAUUGUUGUGCAAAAUGGGAUAAGCGCAGUUUUGUUAAAAUAAAAACCACACAGACAUAAUAGGAAUGGAAUAAA